GCGCCGUGUGAACGCGGGUGCGCGAGAAGUACUUUGCUAGCGCGAACGUGCCGCCUGCGACCAACCGGUGUGUCUUUCAUUAUAAACAUCGGGAUUGUUGUUAUUUACCGACGGAAAGUUCCGAAAAUCUCCAACGGCUCUUUUGACGGGAUCGCUCAGGGUACCAAACUAACGGACGACACAGCGGAACUGAAGAGGGAAACCGACAAAAAUGUCCGAAAGCGAAAACUGCGUGGAACAGCGGGAAGAGCAGACUGAACUGGAAGACGCUGGAGGAGCCGAGGAGUUUUCUUUUGACUUUAAUAUGGCCCAGGAGAAGUCGGACUGUUCAGAUGCCGGGAAAGAGUCUUCCUCAGAUGCUGGUCCUGACGGACAAGAUGGAUCUUCCUCCCCCUCCUCAUCCAAAACUAAAGACUCUACUCCAGGUUAUGAGGAGAAAGUGCAAACAGACCGGACCAACAGAUUUGAGUACCUGUUGAAGCAGACAGAGUUGUUUGCUCAUUUCAUCCAACCAGCUGCACAGAAGACGCCCACUUCCCCGCUGAAGAUGAAACCAGGACGUCCCCGCAUCAAGAAAGAUGAGAAACAAAAUCUGCUGUCAGCUGGAGAUAACCGCCAUCGCCGCACAGAGCAGGAGGAAGAUGAAGAGCUUCUCAACGAGAGCACAAAGACGACGAACGUGUGCACUCGUUUCGAUGACUCUCCGUCCUAUGUCAAAACAGGAAAGAUGAGGGACUACCAGGUCCGUGGUCUGAAUUGGCUUAUUUCGUUGUAUGAAAACGGGAUCAACGGCAUCCUCGCCGAUGAAAUGGGACUUGGAAAAACUCUCCAAACCAUCGCCCUGCUGGGUUACAUGAAGCACUACAGAAACAUCCCCGGCCCCCACAUGGUACUGGUUCCCAAAUCCACCCUCUACAACUGGAUGAACGAGUUCAAGCGAUGGGUGCCUUCUCUUCGUGCAGUCUGCCUGAUCGGAGACAGAGACGAGCGAACGGCUCUGAUCAGAGACGUGCUGCUGCCAGGAGAGUGGGAUGUGUGCGUCACGUCUUACGAGAUGCUGAUCAUUGAAAAGGCCGUGUUCAAGAAGUUCAACUGGCGAUACCUGGUCAUUGACGAAGCUCACAGGAUCAAGAAUGAAAAGUCAAAGUUGUCAGAAAUUGUGCGUGAAUUUAAGACCACCAAUCGUCUGCUGUUGACUGGAACACCUCUACAAAACAACCUCCACGAGCUGUGGGCUCUGCUCAACUUCCUGCUUCCUGACGUCUUCAACUCAGCAGAUGACUUUGAUUCCUGGUUUGACACAAACAACUGCUUGGGUGAUCAGAAGUUGGUCGAGCGUCUCCACACUGUCUUGCGUCCUUUCUUGCUUCGUCGUAUCAAAGCAGACGUGGAAAAGACUCUACUGCCCAAAAAAGAGAUCAAGAUGUAUGUUGGCCUCAGUAAGAUGCAGCGAGAGUGGUACACAAAGAUCCUGAUGAAGGACAUCGACAUCCUGAACUCGGCGGGAAAAAUGGACAAGAUGCGUCUUCUGAACGUUCUCAUGCAGCUGAGGAAAUGUUGCAACCACCCGUACCUGUUCGACGGGGCCGAGCCCGGUCCCCCGUACACGACUGACCUCCACCUGGUGGUGAACAGUGGCAAGAUGGUGGUGCUGGACAAGCUGCUGCCCAAGAUGAAGGAGCAGGGUUCACGUGUGCUCAUCUUCAGUCAGAUGACCAGGGUGCUGGACAUCUUGGAGGACUACUGCAUGUGGAGGAACUAUGGUUACUGCCGUCUGGAUGGCCAAACGCCACACGAGGAGAGACAGAUCUCCAUCAACGCAUACAAUGAGCCCAACAGCUCUAAGUUCAUCUUCAUGCUGAGCACCAGAGCCGGUGGUUUGGGUAUCAACCUGGCCACGGCCGAUGUCGUCAUCCUCUACGACUCAGACUGGAACCCUCAAGUUGACCUGCAGGCCAUGGACCGAGCUCACAGGAUUGGGCAGCAGAAGCAGGUACGCGUUUUUCGCUUCAUCACCGAAAACACAGUGGAGGAGAGGAUUGUGGAGAGGGCCGAGAUGAAACUGCGCCUGGACUCCAUCGUCAUCCAGCAAGGAAGACUUGUGGACCCCAGUGCAAACAAGCUGGGUAAAGACGAGAUGCUGUCCAUCAUCCGGCACGGUGCCACUCACGUGUUUGCUUCCAAAGAAAGCGAGAUCACAGACGACGACAUCGACGCCAUCCUGGAGCGAGGUGAAAGGAAGACUAUGGAGAUGAAGGAGAAACUGUCAUCGAUGGGUGAGAGCACUCUGAGAAACUUCACCAUGGACACGGAGAACAGCAGCGUGUACACGUUUGAAGGAGAAGACUACAGAGAGAAGAAAAAAGUCAUUACCAACUGGAUCGAGCCUCCCAAGAGAGAAAGGAAAGCCAAUUAUGCCGUGGAUGCCUACUUCAGAGAAGCCCUGCGAGUCAGCGAGCCCAAAGCACCGAAGGCUCCUCGUCCUCCCAAGCAGCCAAAUGUCCAAGACUUCCAGUUCUUUCCCCCUCGUCUUUUUGAGCUCCUAGAAAAGGAAAUCCUCUUCUACAGAAAGACCAUUGGAUAUAAGGUUCCCCGUAAUCCAGACAUGCCCAACUCGGCUCAGAUCCAGAAAGAGGAGCAGGCGAAGAUCGACGAGGCCGAGGCUCUCACAGAGGAAGAGCUGGAGGAGAAGGAGAACCUUCUCCAACAGGGAUUUACUAUCUGGAACAAACGUGACUUCAACCAGUUCAUCAAAGCCAACGAGAAGUGGGGAAGAGAUGAUAUUGAGAACAUUGCCAGAGAGGUCGAGGGGAAAACUCCAGAGGAAGUCAUGGAAUAUUCAGCUGUGUUCUGGGAGCGCUGCAAUGAGUUGCAGGAUAUCGAGAAGAUCAUGGCCCAGAUCGAGAGAGGAGAAGCCAGGAUUCAGAGAAGGAUCAGCAUCAAGAAGGCCCUGGACUCAAAGAUCGGCCGCUAUAAGGCUCCCUUCCAUCAGCUCCGUAUCUCAUACGGCACCAACAAAGGCAAGAACUACACAGAGGAGGAAGACCGCUUCCUCAUCUGUAUGCUUCACAAGCUGGGCUUUGACAAGGAGAGCGUUUACGACGAGCUUCGCCAGUGCAUCCGCAACUCACCUCAGUUCCGCUUCGACUGGUUCCUCAAAUCCAGGACGGCCAUGGAGCUUCAAAGGCGAUGCAACACUCUCAUCACGCUGAUAGAGAGAGAGAACAUGGAGCUGGAGGAGAGGGAGAAGGCAGAGAAAAAGAAACGGGGCCCAAAGAGUGGAUCGGCCCAGAAACGAAAGUCAGAGGGAACCCCCGACGGUCGAGGUCGCAGGAAAAAGCUCAAGUUGUGAAAACGUUCACGACCUGCACCUGGAGAACCUGAGAGCGGCAGCCAGCUCCGGUGUCGUUAGCCCUAGUGUCCGUGUUUGUCGUGCAGGCUGUGAUAAUGUACCGUGUAAAAUCCCUGAUGGACUGAUCUGGUUGUAUUAGGUUUUGGGAAGUGCUUUACAAGCCUUCCUUGUUGUCACUUACCUAAACACUGCAGCUGUGCUGGUUUAGCUUUUUGUUUGCUAGUCCUUUUUUUUUUAUUUUUUACUAGUACUUAAUUGAAAUAAAUGUAUUUAUGCCUG